AUGUCUUUAUACAAGGCAAGAAGAAUUAGUUCUUUGCGUCAAUCACUUGCGUAUAAAUUACCGAGGAAGAUUUUGAUUAGGCCCGAUAGAUUAAAAGGUCGUUAUUUAUUUCGAUCAGCCGUACGGCGAGUUUUGGAAUAUAUGGAAUGGAUAACAGAGGAAGAGAUAAUCGAGGAAAUUAGCGAUGAUGUAACGAUUAAUAUUAGAAUGGCUCAACAGAGGGACAAAAUAGAAAAAAAAUUACUUACAUUAAAGGAUCGAUCGAUACUUCUAGUGAGACCGACUGAAAGAUCUUCCGCGGAUAAAGUAUACAUAUAUGAUCUUAUGACAAAAUUCCACGCAUUCACAAAGUAUUCUGAGGAUUUGAGAAAAGAUCUGGCAGCUGCAUGCUUUUAUCAAUAUUUACCGUCUGAUCGGGUAAUCGUUCGUCAGGGUCAUAAAGCGAGAAAUCUUUAUUUUAUUUUGAACGGCGAGGUCAAUUUGUCAAAAGUAGUAAUUGAUGAUUUAACAGGUGAUAAAAAAGUUGUAGAUAUGGGAAGCAUACAUUCAGGAGAUAUGUUUGGUGAAAUUGCAUUAUUGCACACGUUACCGAGAACAUCAACAACAAUUACUAAAACGUCAGUUGAUUUGCUUCUAAUUACUCAAGACGAUUUUAAUAAGAUCUUGCGCAGUAAUUUGACAAAAAAAUGGGAUGUUUUGCGAGAUGCGUUGGUUCAUUUUAAUUAUUUCAAAUUGUGGGAUGAAGAGACGAUACGAGAAUGUUGUAUUUUGAGCAAAUUAAAAGACUUUAAAUCUAAUGAGAUUUUGUUAGGUGAUGGAAAAGGCAUGGUGAAUUAUGUGCAUUUUAUUCUGAAAGGUAAAUGUCGCCUUAUUGAGCAUAUGCUUGUUCGUGAGCGUCCUUCUUAUCAUGGAAUGCAAUACGAAUUAUAUGAUUCUGAAACUUUCCGUCCACAACUACAAAGAGUGCCGAAAAAGAUUGCAGAAUCUGAUGAGCUUGAAUCAAAUCAAUUUGAUAAAUCCAUUCCAAAAUCUGUUGAAAUAAAAGAAGAGGAUGAUCAAUUAAGCAUUGUUACUACCACACUUUUAGACGUUGUUAAAGGAUGGCAUGAAAUUACUGAAGUUGCGGAGAUAUUAAUGCGAGAACCGUCUGUUACAUCUCAAUUACGUUAUCCUAGUGAUGUUCGCACUAUAUUCAUGCAAAUAUGCACUUUGUCACGGGGUGCGUGUUUUGGUUUAGGAGAGAAAAUGCUUUAUCGAAGAGUCAUAGCGAUUACGCCAGUACGAUGUUUUCUUAUCCCGCGAUAUUGGUUGCUCGAGCAUAACCGUGCCAAUAUUUGGGGACGUGUGAAACUAUUCAUGGACUUAAAAUAUCCAACUAAAAAACAGCUAUUUAACGAAUUUCUUCUAAAUCGAAAAUGGAUGACGUAUAAGCAGAAUUUAGUUAAAGAUGCCAUUAAUCGACGUGGUUAUUUUCAUAGUAAUGUAACGAUACACGACGUACCGUAUUCCAUCAGAAUUACUGAUGAAAUAGAUCCAAAACUAUAA